GGUUGGAGAGUUAAGCCAAGCCAAUGAGACCAGCUGCUAAUAAGUGGGUUUGGCUUACAAUAUAACAGUGGAAGGAGGAGAAGGAGAGGAAGGCUAUUGAGCCUCAGCCGAGUGGAGCUGACCCUUGCCUGAGACUCUUCUAAAGACCACCUCCAGAGACAGAGUUCUUCCCCCCCUCCUCAGCUCCUCUUCCUCCCCUUCCCACUACAAUGCAUUCUUGACUGGCAGCAUCCGGACUCUAGGCAGCCCCAGAGAACCGAACCAAGCCAAAGAAAAGAGGAUCAGAGCCAAGACACUCUCUGGCUUGGGCUCUCGGAUGCCAGUCUUUCUUUGAGGAAAUCUCCUGAGAGAGAGCAGAAUUGGGGUGGGGGGGUUUGUGGAAGGGAAUCCGACCAAACCCCAAGAUGGACACUUCUGGGCACUUCCAUGACUCUGGGGUGGGAGACUUGGAUGAAGACCUCAAGUGCCCCUGUCCAUCUUCGGGGGAUGAGCAACAGCAGCAGCAGCAACAGCAACAGCAACAGCAACAGCAGCAGCAGCCUCAACAGCCACCACCACCACCGGCUCCGGCAGCACUGGCCCCCCAGCAGCAGCAGCAGCCACCCCCACCACCGGCACCCCAGUCUUCAAGGCCCCUCACCCAGCUCAACCAACUCCAGAGCCAACCUCUCCAUCACAGCCUGCUUCACUCUUCUCCCACUGCUUUCAGGGCCCCACCUUCCUCCAACUCUACCAUCAUCCUCCACCCUUCCUCUAGGCAAGGCAGCCAGCUCAAUCUGAAUGACCACUUGGUUGGCCAUUCUCCAAGUUCAACAGCUACAAGUGGGGCCGGAGGAGGCUGCAAGCAUAGACAGGCGAGCCCACUGGUCCACAGGAGAGAUAGCAACCCUUUCACGGAGAUAGCCAUGAGCUCGUGCAAGUACAGUGGUGGGGUGAUGAAACCCUUGAGCAGGCUAAGUGCCUCCAGGAGGAACCUUAUAGAGUCUGAGCCUGAAAGCCAACCCCUCCAGAUCUUCAGCUCCAGUAAUCCACCCGAGAUUGUCAUCUCUUCCCGGGAGGAUCACCAUUCCAAUCAGACCCUGCUCCAUCAUCCAAAUACCACCCACAACCACCAGCACUCUGGCACCAGCAGCAUCAGCACCUUCCCCAAGGCCAAUAAAAGGAAAAACCAAAAUAUCGGCUAUAAACUGGGACACAGGAGAGCCUUGUUUGAAAAGAGGAAACGGCUGAGUGACUAUGCUUUGAUUUUUGGGAUGUUUGGCAUUGUUGUUAUGGUGAUAGAGACCGAGCUCUCUUGGGGGUUAUACUCAAAGGAUUCCAUGUUUUCUUUGGCCCUGAAAUGCCUUAUCAGUUUGUCCACCAUCAUCCUUCUGGGUUUGAUCAUCGCCUACCAUACACGGGAAGUCCAGCUCUUUGUGAUUGACAAUGGCGCAGAUGACUGGAGGAUAGCCAUGACCUACGAACGCAUUCUCUACAUCAGCCUGGAGAUGUUGGUUUGUGCCAUCCACCCAAUCCCCGGUGAAUAUAAAUUUUUUUGGACAGCCCGCCUAGCCUUCUCCUAUGCUCCUUCCAGGGCUGAGGCUGAUGUGGACAUCAUCCUUUCUAUCCCCAUGUUCCUCCGGCUCUACCUGAUCGCCCGAGUUAUGUUGCUGCAUAGCAAGCUCUUUACGGACGCCUCCUCACGCAGUAUCGGGGCGCUGAACAAAAUCAACUUCAACACGCGUUUUGUCAUGAAGACCCUCAUGACCAUCUGCCCUGGGACAGUGCUCCUCGUCUUCAGCAUUUCUCUGUGGAUUAUUGCCGCCUGGACGGUGCGAGUCUGUGAAAGGUACCACGACCAACAGGAUGUAACUAGUAACUUUCUGGGUGCAAUGUGGCUUAUCUCCAUCACAUUCCUUUCCAUUGGGUAUGGGGACAUGGUUCCUCACACAUACUGUGGAAAAGGUGUCUGUCUUCUCACUGGCAUCAUGGGUGCCGGCUGUACUGCUCUGGUGGUGGCUGUGGUUGCCAGAAAGUUGGAACUCACCAAAGCCGAGAAGCACGUUCACAACUUCAUGAUGGACACUCAGCUCACAAAACGGAUAAAGAAUGCUGCAGCAAAUGUCCUUCGAGAAACGUGGCUUAUCUAUAAACACACCAAACUGCUCAAAAAGAUUGACCACGCCAAAGUCCGGAAACACCAGAGAAAGUUCCUCCAAGCUAUCCACCAGCUGAGAAGCGUAAAGAUGGAACAGAGAAAGCUGAGUGAUCAAGCCAACACCCUGGUAGACCUUUCCAAGAUGCAAAAUGUCAUGUAUGACUUAAUCACAGAGCUGAACGACCGGAGUGAGGACUUGGAAAAACAAAUUGGCAGUCUGGAGUCUAAACUAGAACAACUCACUGCCAGCUUCAAUUCCCUCCCCUUGCUCAUUGCGGACACCCUGCGUCAGCAGCAGCAACAGCUCCUCUCAGCCGUCAUCGAGGCUCGGGGAGUGAGCGUGGCAGUGGGGACCCCACACACACCACUCUCUGACAGCCCUAUUGGGGUCAGCUCCACUUCUUUUCCCACCCCUUACACAAGCUCAAGCAGCUGCUAAAUAAAACUCCCCACACAGGAAGAAUUGCCGACAGGUCUUAAGAUGCAAGUCAACUUUCUCCUGGUCUUUCUGUCAUCACAGGAACAUUCAGGCUGAGUGGACAUAAAGAAUUAGAUUGAACUAAUUAGCAAACUCAUGUUCAUUCAGAGUGCUUGGUUCCAUAUGCCUCGAAAUCAGAAAUCGAAUCUCUGUUUAGGUGCCUAUGUAUGGAAGAGGAAAAGAGAGAUGAAAGGAAGUCAAACAGUUGACAGGGCCUUUGUUGCAGUGUUUGAUGGAGAACAAAAUCCAUGCUCAAUCUCAGGUCUUCAAUUGUCAUGAGGGUGGGGAGAAUAAAUAGAGGGAGAGUAAAAGAAGGGAGAGAGGAGAGGAGAGGAGAGGAGAGAGAGAGAGAGAGAGAGAGAGAGAGAGAGAGAGAGAGAGAGAGAGAGAGAGAGGAGAGAGAGAGAGAGAGAGAGAGAGAGAGAGAGAGAGAGAGAGAGAGAGAGAGAGAGAGAGAGAGAGAGAGAGAGAGAGAGAGAGAGAGAGAGAGAGUCAAUGGAGAAGCAAUCAGAGCAAAAUAUUCCAUUCCACUGAAUAUCAGCCUUGUUUUCAACUGUUUUCAACUAAGGGCCUCAUCUACUACUUUGCUCUAUUCCUUUUCUUUAAUCUAAAAAGGUCCCAGUAGAUGACAAAGGUAGAAUAAAGAAGUUCACCAUUUGCCAAAACAGAGAUAUAGACACAGGGCAUCAAAGCUCUUAUUCCUUACAUAAGUCAUCAAAUCCAGUGCAUGGUAAAUGAAGUCAUGUAAGACAGAUUUUUCCAAUCUGAUAUCAACAACUAUUUCUAAAAUCAACUAUUCAAUUCCUGCCCAUGUGCCCCUAAAUCCAAGCCAUUCUUUUUCCACUAGUGAUGGAUCCUGUUCGGGCAUCACUUUUCAUCAACUAUUCUUUCUUUGUGGGCAUAGGUCCCCUCCAAACCUUACAGGUUGCUUUUGCCAUAGGUAUGUACAGUGCCUGUUAUGAGUUGAGUGCCAACUCAAAAAUAUUGGCUUUCUGGAGCUAAAAGUAGUGUUCUGAAAAUAGCUGCUUUGGUAGAGUUUUAUUCUGCUAUCCAAACAAUCUGAGAUUCAUUUGGCAUUAUAUGAUGUUGAGUACAUCACAGAUAUUUAUGGUAUCCUGGCUCAACUUGAGUUUCGGAUGGGACGGUAAAAGGCUUCCUUAUCUCAGCUUCUGUGACACUGGCAGCAUUUUGAUAAGAGGUGCCUGCAGUAGCUCAUAAGUGAAGUAAGGAUCAUCAUAAAAUGAUAGCUUUGGGGAAAAGAAGAUGAUUGAAGAAGGAAGCGGUUUGCCAAAAAAACUAAGUGAGGAUAGAAUAAUGUAGAUCAAUGAAUACCUAUUUCUGCUGCCACUUAUUAAUCUUGGUACAUAAUCUUGUGUCUCAUACAACUGAAUACUUUUAAAGGAGACUUUAGAACUGCCAGAAAAACCCACAAACCUUGAUCAAGUCCAAGUUUAGGGCCAGCUACUGACCCAAAUGGUGAUGCCAUUCCUAAAACCUUUUACAUCACCCUAAUAUAACUGCUUCAGAUUACCCCAGAUGAAAAUAAUAUUUGCUGCUUCAGUUCUGAGGUGGAUUUUUCUCAUUACUAUAUGGUAUUCUUCAUCUGUUUAAAUUCAAACCAAAGAAUACUGUCCCUCAGUGGCUAGCAGUUCUGCUGGCUUCUGAUAAAUUGUUACCACUCUGAGGUAAGUUAUGGAAUGCAUCUGGCUACAGAAAUUUGCUUCAGUCUAUUUUGGUCACCCUGGGCAUGGCCUUCUAAAGUCUUUUAAGGAUGUGUUCAGUUGAUAUAGGUGGAAAUCUAUAGUCCAGGGCAACUUUUUGAGGAAGCCCCAAUGUGCAACCUGAUCUCUUCCUCUGACUCUCCAAGAGUCUUUCCUGAUUUCCUCCUGUUCAUCUUCAUGAUUUGUUUCAGCAUUUUCUCUUAGUUGAUUUACAUGCCACAGAUACCAAACUUAGUGCUGGAUUUUUUUCUUCAUUUUUUGCCACUAUCAUUUGUACCAGGAAAUGCAGGAUGGCAUAGUAGAUAAGGCGCUGGAUUUGGAGUAAGGAAGGCUUGGGUUCAAGCCCCACCUCUGACACUAGCUGUCAUAUAAUUUCUUUGCUCCUCAGGCAACACCCUAAAUCUAUAAAACUACAGUUAGCUUGCCAGUAGGGUCUAAGAAGGGAGUUUCCAUACCAAGAAAAUCAUAGGUCCCUGAUGUAUCUCAUGCAUCUAUUUCUUUGAUGUUCCUAGAGCAAUGUUUGUUACUAUUUUCAAUGAAAAUUCAGCAGAACAUAAAAAUGGCUGUUUAAACAGAUGAAAU